AUGGAUUUAGUUGCUGGACUUCAUUGGCUAAGAGAAAAUAUUCCAGCAUUUAAUGGAGAUCCAAAUCGUAUAACAAUGAUGGGUCACGGAACAGGAGCUGCUUUAUCAAAUUUUAUGGCCGUUUCUCCAGUUGCCAAAGAUCUUUUGCACAGAGUCAUUCUCCUCAGCGGUUCGGGAUUGAGUCCGUGGGCACUACAAAGAGAACCGCUUUUGAUAAAGAGAAAAGUUGCUGAGAAAACGGGUUGUCACGUUGAUCUUUUAGAAGACGAUAUAGCGCCUUGUUUAAGACUAAAACCCCUGUCGGAAUUACUUUCCGUAAAUGUGGAUCCUCCGAGAUUUUUAGCCGGUUUUGCACCUUUCAUUGACGGUGCCGUAUUAACGAGCAAUCAAUUGUCUGGUGCGUUUCCGGAUUCGAGCCUUUUAUCCGGCAUAAGCAUACAGCAACAAGUAUCAGCGGGUAGCGGUCCGGGUUACGAAUUUGCGGAUUUCCCAGAAAAAGACUUGUUGUUUAGCCUUACUUCGACCGAAUCGUAUUCGGAUUUAAGCGCUCAGGAUUUAGAAUUCGGUUUUAACGAAAGCAGAAGAGAUAGAAUAUUACGGACUUACGUGAGAAAUUGUUAUUAUUAUCAUUUAAACGAAAUAUUUUCGACUUUGAAAAACGAAUACACGGAUUGGGAAAGACCCUUGCAAAAUCCAUUGAGUGUUAGAAAUUCUACUUUGGAAGUGUUGAGCGAUGGUCUUACGGUGGCUCCACUUAUAAGAGUCGGAUAUUUGCAUACUCUAAGAGGAGGGAAAACAUUUUUCUUACAUUUUGAUCAUCAAUCCAAAGAAAAAGAUUUCCCACAGCGAGUCGGAAGUGUUCACGGUGAAGAUGUGCCUUACGUGUUGGGAUUGCCUUUAGUCGGUGGUCAACCAUAUUUCCCGCACAAUUACAGCUUACAAGAUGGUGCCAUUUCUAGAACGAUAAUUAAAUAUAUUUCACAAUUUGCAAGACGAGGGGAUCCUAACACUUCACCUGCGUCAAAAUCAAAAUUUCACAAUUCUGAUAUUUUACCUAAAAUCAAUAUUCCAGAACAUAAAGAUUCGAGUCCGACAUUUUGGGACACGUACGAUUCAAUUAAUCAACUUUAUUUAGAAAUAUCAUCUAAAACGGAAAUGAAAAGUCAUUACAGAGGACAUAAAAUGUCGCUUUGGUUAAACCUGAUACCUCAACUUCACAGACCAGGUGUCGAUGAUUUAAAUAUGAGACAUCAUCACUUUCAAGAGGAAAGUGCUCAAUAUUAUGAUGUUGUUUCAUUAACCGUUCAUUUGCCUGGAAAUGUUGUCAAAACGUUCGGGGAUUUAAUGCUAAAACGUUCACUUUUAUCCGGUUCCGUUCGGCCUCAAUCCCUACAAUUACCAUCGUUUAUAAUAACAUCCACCGUUUCGACAACGCCCGGAACAACAUUUAGCACGAAAGAUAUACCAACGUCAACAUCAAAAGAUUAUCCAACAACAACGGAAUGUCCGCCAAACGUAACGGGAAGCGCAGUCAGUCAAAACACGGUCAGACCUUCUAAUACAAAUAAUAACAAUAAUAAUAAUAAUAAUUUGUUUAGAAAAUUAGCAUCGAGUCACUAUCAGAGUUAUACGACAGCGUUAACAGUUACAAUAGCCGUCGGUUGUUUUUUACUUUUGCUCAAUAUUCUUAUUUUCGCUGGUAUAUACCAUCAAAGGGAUAGAAACGAAAAAAGAAGAAAUCAUGACGUGGGAAGUUGUAGCAGUUCUUCGGACGAAAUUGAAACGAAACACGCAUUGGCCGGCGUUUCCCCUAUGUCGAGCCAUCAAAAACUCGCUCCGGAUUCGGCAAUCGAAAUAACAUUGCAAGAAUUUAAAUCAUCUCCAUCGAUAAUGAAAAAAAUGAAUCCCCGUCCUCCGAGUUACGAUCCUCCUCCGGAUCCGAUGAAAAUCCCUCAUCAUCGAAUGAGCGGAACAAAUUCAUCUAGUCCACCGAUACCGGAACCUCCGCCGCCACCAAAACAUCAACCGCCUCUUUUAUUAACCGGGGGAAUAUUAAGACAACAGGGAACUCCACAAACUCCAAGUUGUUCUAAAAAAAGAGUUCAAAUUCAAGAGAUAUCAGUGUGA